AGUACAAAAACUAUACGCUAUAUGUGGUGCACAUUAAUCCUUAUUCCACCAUUUAUACACUUUUUUUCCAUCAAACUGUUCCCAUUGUUCUUUACCCUUUAUUUUGAAGGAUCUCAGUUAACAUGGAAGCUAGUUUGCUCGCCAACAAUUCCUUCACCAAAUCCACCGAACAACUGAUUCCCACAAUCAGAGCCGGAUCUUUAGCAUUCUCCAAGCAAUCUUCUCAACAACUCCGGUGCAAAAAAGUUAGAGUUCCUUAUCAUAUAUCAUGCUGCCACUCAUCAUCAUCACCAUUAGAUGAUGACAAACCUAUACUGAGUGGUGACUGGAGGGCCUUCAGGGCAAAGCUUGUGGUUGGAGGAGUGCAAUUGCUAAGGACUGAUGAAGCCUCUUCAAUGGCUGAUCCAGACACUGUUGUGGAUCAGCCUCCACUAAUAACCAUUGGUGAUAAAUGGGCCCACAAAAUCCAUGAGCCUGAAAAGGGUUGCAUACUCAUUGCCACUGAAAAGCUUGAUGGGGUCCACAUAUUUGAACGGACGGUGAUCCUUCUUUUGUCAACUGGGCCAUUAGGCCCAUCAGGGAUCAUACUCAACAGACCAUCAUUGAUGUCCAUCAAGGAGACAAGAUCAACAGCUCUGGAUGUAGAGGGCACAUUUUCUAAUAGUCCAUUGUUUUUUGGAGGGCCCUUGGAGGAGGGAUUGUUUUUGGUGAGUCCAAAAGAGGGUAGUGGUGAUGAAAGUGAUGAUGGGGUGGGAAAGAGUGGGGUGUUUGAGGAAGUGAUGAAGGGUUUGUAUUAUGGUGGGAAAGAGAGUGUGGGUUGUGCUGCUGAAAUGGUGAAGAGGAAUGUUGUUGGGCUUGGAGAUUUUAGGUUCUUUGAUGGGUAUUGUGGUUGGGAUAAAGAGCAAUUGAAGGAUGAGAUUAGGGCUGGGUAUUGGACUGUGGCUGCAUGUAGCCCAAGUGUGGUUGGGUUGGCGAGUGUUGGAAGUAUUGGGCUUUGGAAUGAGGUCCUUGGACUUAUGGGUAAAAGGAAGGUUAAGUGAGUAACACGUGU